AUGAAUAAUAUAAGGAUAGCUUUAAGAGAAGUUAUACCAAAUAGACUUCGGACUACAUCUAGAAAUCAAUGGCCAAAUUUAACGCAGACCCGGUUUUAUGCACGAGCCACGAGCUUUCCAGAUUAUUUUCAAAAUCCAAUAUUUAGAAAAGAGGAUCAAGCAAAAUUGAUAGAAAAUAAUGAAUUGAGUAAGCUGGCCGCGAUCCCGGUGAAACCACCUGCUGCUUGUGAAACAUCAUCAGUGUACUACGACCCACUUGUGAAUAAAGUUAUCAACCAUGUAAUGAAAAUGGGCAACAAACAAUUGGCUCGCAGUCUCGUUGAAAAAGCAUUUGAGAACAUCAAAAGGAAACAGAUAGAAAGAUAUCACCUAGCUUCCACACCCGAAGAAAAAGCAAAAAUACUGUUGAACCCAAAAGAUGUUUUACACAGAGCUGUUGAAAACUGUAAACCGUUGUUACAACUAUUGCCAAUUAAAAGAGGAGGUAUCACAUACCAGGUGCCAGGACCUAUUACUGAGAAGAGGUCUCUAUUUUUGGCUGUCAAAUGGCUGUUAGAUGCUUCGAAUGACAAAGAAAGAACAGUACAUUUUCCCGAACAAUUUGCUUGGGAACUCCUUGAUGCGGCUAACAAUACAGGAAAAGUUGUGAAGAGAAAACAAGACCUUCACCGUCAAUGUGAAGCCAACAGGGCUUAUGCGCAUUAUAGAUGGCAAUAA